CAGAGCGUAAACUUUUCGUUGGCAUGUUAAAUAAGAAGUAUAAUGAAGCUGAUGUCCGACAAUUGUUUGCCGGUCAUGGCACCAUCGAGGAGUGCACGGUUUUGAGGGAUCAAAAUGGUCAAAGUAAAGGUUGUGCUUUCGUUACAUUCGAUACUAAACAACAUGCCAUCGGUGCCAUUAAAGCCCUACACCACAGUCAAACUAUGGAGGGUUGUUCGGCACCACUCGUUGUUAAAUUUGCCGAUACACAAAAGGAAAAGGAUCAAAAGAAAUUGCAACAACUGCAGGUGGGCAUAUGUGGCAUAACAACGCUGACAACACCACCAGCCCAGACAACAGUCAUUGGCGCUUUAGCAGCACCUCCCUCAGCGGCCAACGCCUUAAGUCCUACCAAUGCCCUAGUGCCAACACCUGUAGCCGCCACAACACGUACAAAUCCCACCAUGGCUGCUCUGCAUGCCGCCAUCGCUGCCCCACCACCAACUCUACCGACCGCAACGGGUGCUACAGCUGGCAUUAUACCCACAUCGGCUGCCAGUCUAUCGGCUGUAACACCAACAAUGUUGGUAACCGCUGCCAGUACGACACAUCAGCAAACUUCACCGUAUUUAACCACAGCCGAUGGCAUGUUAUCCAAUUCGGCAGCAGCGGCCGCCGCAGCCCAAAUGCAAAUAUUCCAACAACUGCAAGCUUUUGGCUUACAACCGGCACAUUAUCUACAAGGACUAAAUUUCCCACCGGAUCAUAGUACCACAGCUGCUUCAUUAUCGGCCUCGGCAGUCGCCGCUGCCACCAACAACCCUACUCCUGGCAACGGACUAUUGGCCACCCCCAUUUCCAUGCAAAAUCUGGUUACCUUAGCCUCUUUGAAUCCCGGCACAGUACAAUCCGCACAUGUUACUCAAGGUGCUACUAGCCAGCAUCAUGGUGUACCCACUUCUCAGGCUCUUACAUUUAAUGCAGCCCAGGUGCAUCAGCAUCAUCAGCAACAACAGCAAGCCCAUCAUCAUCAUCAACAGCAACAACAGCAUCAAGCUCAUAUGGCUCAACUAACCGCUGCUCACCAAAUGUCUAUGGCCGCCGCUACACCCCCCUCAUUAGCUGCACAUUUUGCUGCUGCUGCUGCUGGUCCCACUGGUCAUCAUCACGCUUUAUGGACUGGCGCUGAGGCUCUUACAUCACCAUACGCUCCAACACUUAAUCCAUUGACCAAUGGUGCUUAUGCUGCUGCAGCUACAGCACCCCUAACGGCAUCAGCACUACAGGCAGCCGCCGCAGGAGUAGCUGGCAAACAAAUUGAAGGACCCGAAGGCAGUAAUUUAUUUAUUUACCAUCUACCUCAGGAAUUCACCGAUACUGAUCUCGCUUCAACAUUUCUACCUUUUGGUAAUGUUUUAUCUGCCAAAGUAUUUAUCGAUAAACAAACAAAUCUGUCCAAAUGUUUCGGUUUCGUAUCCUACGAUAAUCCGCUAUCAGCCUCCGCUGCCAUACAAGCCAUGCAUGGCUUUCAAAUCGGCACAAAACGUUUAAAGGUGCAAUUGAAACGUUCUAAAGAUGCGGCCAAGCCUUAUUAGUUUAUAAAAGAACUAAAUACUAACAAAGAAAGUAUCUAUAAAAAAAAAAAAAUAUUUUAAAUAUUUAAGUAUUUGAAAAUUUAAAAAAAAAAUAUAUAAAGUAAUUUGAGUGCCUUUAGCCCUUAAAAGAUAAAAAAGAAAAAAACAUUUACAACCAAAGGACCAAUUUUGUUUUUAACAAAAAUUUAAUUAAAAGAAAUACAUAUUUUUAAUAAAAUUAAUUUUAUGAAAAAUAAAAAAGAAAAUAAUAAAAUAACAACCCUUUUUAUUAAAAACAUUUUAAAAAGUAGUAGUAAAACCAAAGAAUGUAAACCAUUUUUAGCAAAAAAAUUAAAAAAAAGAAGAAAAAUAAUGAAAAACAAUAAAUAUUAAUUAAAUAAAUUAAACAAUAAAGUAAUAAUAAAUAUAUUUAACAUAAAUACAUUUUUAAUCAUAACAAAUAUUUUGUGGUAUACAUGCAUAGUUUAUUUGUUUGUUUGUUAUAAUUAAUAAUUUAAAUUAAAUUAAAUUUGUAAUCAUAUGUAUUUUUAAUUGUAUUUUUACUUACAUACAAACAUAUAUUUUAUAAUAUACAAUAUGAGCAUAUUUGUGGUCUUUAUUAAGAGUAUAAAUCAAAUUGUAAUUGUUCUUAUUUUGUUUUUUUAAUUUUUAUUAUUAUUGUUUUUUUUUUUUUGUUUGUUAGAUUUUUAAGUAAAAAGAUAAUAUAUAAAAAAAAUUAAAAUUAAUCUAAAUGAAAUGUUUAAAGCCAAAUAGUUAAGUAAAAGUUUUUGUCAUAAAUAUAUGUGUGUGCGUGUAUUAGGAUUAAAUUUUAAAUGGAACUACAAACCCAAUAAACAAUAUAGACCCAAGAGUAAUCUAAAGGCUUAACUAUAGAGUAGUCUGUAGUCUUGAUUAGUAGUCUACAGUCUUGACUAUAGAGUAUCGUAGAGUGUUGAAUAUAGAGUAGUCUACAGUCUUGAUUAUAGAGUACUUUAUAGUCUUGACUAUAGCGUAGUCUAUAGUCUUGACUAUGGAGUAGUCUAUAGUCCUGACUAUAGAGUAGUCUAUAGUCUUAACUAUGGAAUAUUCUAUCGUCUUGAUUAUAGAGUAGUCUAUAAGCUUAACUAUAAAGUACUCUAUAGUCUUGACUAUUGAGUAGUCUAUAGUCUUGAAUAUUGGGUAGUCUAUAGUCUUGACUAUAUAGAG